ACCUUCUUAUCGACAAUCAAAUUGACCUGAAUCCUCCUUGUGGAAUCUUAUUUUUUUGUAGUAUGCAGAGUUUGCUAUGUAUUGUUCUUUAGGGCUUUUUUGGACUAGAAUUACUUAUCAUGUUUUCUGAUGUCUGAACAAAAGAACUUGGCAGGACCAAAACUAAAAGCGCAGUCACAGAUCCUUUUUGACCUGCUGAGUUGAGAAAGAUGUUGCCGCUUGAACACAAGCUCAGUAGAUCACUGAAUUAUUGUGCUAGUUGCUUUUAAUUGUGCAACCUAGGAGCUUCAAGAUUUCUUGUGCUUCUUGCUUCUGACCUUGCAAGCUAGGAGCUUGCACUGCAAGUGAAUCGUGAGUUAUGGGAGUAGUUCUUCUGGGUUUCUUGGGCCAACUGAUUAGACGACGAGCUGCUUGUCUGCGCUGGAAGCAAGCGGGCCGAGCAUCUUACCGCUGCAGCUAGCGCCUUGAUAAAUUCUCACUUCUGCAGCCUUGCUUAUGUAUGUUUGUUCAUGAAAUACAUGAGGAUGAAUGAACAAUUGUUGCAAGGCUUGUGUUCUGAUGGUGUAUGGAAGUAUGUUGUUCUGUGGUCACUACAAGUCAAUAGGAAUCACAUGAUCUUGACUUGGGGCGAUGUUUAUGUUGAUAAAGUGAUCAGAGAUACCGAAAGAGAUCUUUAUGGUAAUCUCAUUGAGGGGAAAAACCAAAUAGUACUGUCUACUUUUUGCAACAAUGGCCAGUACCAAAGCAAUCCACUGUGCCCCAUUGAGGCAGCAUUACUGAGCAUGUCCAGCCAUUCAUACUCUCUAGGAGAAGAGCUUAUUGGUAAAGUUGCACUCAUGGGACAACAUUGCUGGAUUUCUUCCAAUGAGAUUUCUUCAGCAUUUACGUAUAAGUAUCAUGAGGACUGGCAGCUUCAGGUUGCAGCUGGAAUCAAGACGAUUCUGCUUUUACCAGUGGUUCCUCAUGGGGUUCUUCAAUUGGGCUCUUUAGAUUUGGUUUCAGAAAGUUCAACAUCGGUAUCAGUCAUCAAGGAUUUGUUCUAUAAGCUUUAUGAUGCCGCAAUAUCUGGUAAUUCUUCAGGCACAGGGUUUGGCUACUCACAUACUUGGAGGCAACCUACUGCAAUGCUACCAAUGAAUUCUUCAGAUGUUAUACCACAUGAUUUAUUUUAUUCGAUCAAGGGUUCAGCUCGGCUCUUGAACAAUGAUCACUUAGGUCUACCACAUGCUUCCCCUAUGUUGGAGUUUCCAUUAGCAGAAGAUAGCAUUGUAAGCAUUUAUGGCACUAGCCUAGCAGCUCUAUCAGUUGAACCCCUGGAUUGUAAUGACAGUGACAUUUGGACCAAUGUUCAUGAAGAGCUAUCUCAAUUUACUCGAUUCAAUACAGUCCCCGAGCCAGACAAGGCAAGCAUAAGCUAUAUGGAUAAGUUGAUCAAUUCAGAUAGCAAAAUGAGCAGCAGAUCAGUAAGUCAUGUGGAAAAUCCCGGAUAUGGUAAUAUUGAUCACUUUAUCCUGACAGAAAUGGAACAUGAAAAGCAAGAGCACAUUAACAACAAUACCAGUGUAAAUGAUGAUGCUGUGACUUCAAAUUCCUCAUUUCAUUCAGAGCUGCACAAACCUCUUGAGCCAAUCCCCUCGGAUGAACGAGAAGACUACAUGUGGCAUAUCAGACGACUGAGACAGCAAGAGCCUACAAGCUCUGCUCUCCCUGAAGAAAAUGGAAAUAAAGCGGGAUUGCACAAACAGCAGGAAAACAAUGAUUACGCAGAGUUGUUACUAGAUGCUAUAAUUGGCCAGGUUAUUUGGGCAUCAAACAGUGUAUCUUCUCAUUCAACUGAUUCUCCAAUUUCAUGCGCAACACAAAUUCAGAAAGAAGACCAUGUAGUGAGAAUGGAUGAAUCAUCACUUCCGAAACUCCCAGGUGGUCAAGACUUUUCGCUUAUCUCAAUCAAUGAAGGUUUCAUGAGUUGUGCAAUGACUGAUUCUACCCCUAGGGAAACCAAUAAGACCAUCUUGGUUGAAGAAUUCAUUAGUGAUCCGAUUGGAGGCAUACACAGGGAAACUUCAAUUGAAAUAAAAGGAAGAUGCAGAAAAGCUGGGCUGCAUAGAACAAGACCAAGAGACAGACAACUUAUCCAGGACAGGAUGAAGGAGUUGAGGCAGCUUGUUCCAAAUACAUCAAAGUGCAGCAUUGAUUCUCUCUUAGACAAAACCAUAGCACACAUACAGUUUCUCCAGAGUGUAUCAGAAAAAGGCGAUAAGCUUGAGAAGAUAGUAGUAAUAAACAGCGAGAGCGAGGAAUCGACCAAGUGGCAAACGGGAAACUGUCCUCUGAAAGUUGAAGUGCUCGAUAAGCCGGGUCAUCUCCUGCUUGAGAUGCUGUGUGCGGAGUACGGAGUGUUUCUUGAGAUUGCGCAUGUGUUGAAGGGUCUUGAUGUGAGCAUACUGAAAGGCCUGCUGGAGAGCCGUUCAGACAAGCUCUGGGCUCGCUUUGUCAUCCAGGCUUCACAAGGCUUCGACCAGAUGCAGAUUCUAUACCCACUAAUGCAUCUGUUGCAGAAGCAGAGUUGGAGCUGAGCUCUACCCAUCAUGCCUACAUCUACUGCUUGGCUCUGCAUGGAUGAUCUUUGUUAGUUCAACAAUGUAAGGCUCCGGUUUGAUAUAAUAAUGUACUGCAUGCGUAUUGCAGCGCAGCUGGGCCUCUACUUCUUUCUUGAUAGAAUGUAUAUGGUCACAGGACAGGAAUGCAUAUCUCAACUUUUAUACAUACUAGCUAAAUGUUUGUGUUGCAAGAGUCUUCUUAAA